AUGGUGGUACCAAGGAAAGGCAAUCAGCAGGAGAAGGUGUGCACUGUCUCGGACAUUCAGCGAAGUAUUGGAGAUAUGAAGGGUGUACUCUUUGCAAUGUACGCCUUCACAGAAUGUGACAAUGUACCAUCUAUCUACAAGAAGGGAAACAUUUCACCAUAUAGGAAAGUUGGCACUUUGAAAGUUCAUAUGAGGACACAUACGAAAGAAAAACCAUAUUCUUGUGAAAUUUGUAAAAAGUCUUUUUCUGAGAGUGGAAAUUUGAAAGUUCAUUUGAGGACACAUACAAAAGAAAAACCAUAUUCUUGUGAAAUUUGUCAAAAGGCAUUUUCUCAGCGUGGACAUUUCAAAAUCCAUUUGAGGACACAUACAAAAGAAAAACCAUAUUCUUGUGAAAUUUGUAAAAAGUAUUUUUCUAAGAGUGGACAUUUCAAAGUUCAUUUGAGGACACAUACAAAAGAGAAACCAUAUUCUUGUGAAAUUUGUAAAAAGUCUUUUUCUGUUAGUGGAAAUUUGAAAAUUCAUUUGAAGACACAUGCAAAAGAAAAGCCAUAUUCUUGUGAAAUUUGUAAAAAGGCAUUUUCUCAAAGUGGACAUUUCAAAAUCCCUUUGAGGACACAUACAAAAGAAAAACCAUAUUCUUGUGAA